ACGAUCACUGACCAGUCUGACAACUGACAUUGAAAGAGACAUUAAACGUCAAACUAUUAGUCCGAAAUACGUCAUAGUGUUUCCAACAUAAAAGCUAAACUACCAAAUAGUAGAAAUCCAUAAUGGCCAGCCAAAAUACCGCGGUGAUCACAUUAGACCAACUGAGAGAAGAACUACAUAAACAGACCACUGAAAUAUCAAAAACAAUUGAUGAAAAAAUACAACCAUUGAUAAUAGAAAAUAAAGAAUUGAAGCAGGAGGUACAAUCAUUGAAGGUGAAGAUUCUUGAAAUGGAAAAACAAACUAGAAAAAACAAUAUAAUACUGCAUGGCGUUACUGAAAAGGAAGAGAACUAUACAGAGCUUCAAGAAUUAGUUGUGGAAACUCUUAACAAGCUGAGCGUAGAAACGGCCCUACAGGAAUGGGACAAGUGGGAGCUAAGCAGAGUACAGAGGCUGGGUAAAAAGAAGGAGUCAAAAAUUAGACCUAUCUUGAUAACAUUAACCCUCACAUGGAGAAGAACUGAAAUUCUUAAAAAUAAAAGUAAGUUCCCGAAAAACAUAUAUGUAACAGAAGACUUCCCAAAGGAUAUCUUGUUAAAACGUAAAGAGUUAAAAAUCAAAAUGAAAGAAGAAAUUGCCAAAGGAAAGAAAGCAUAUAUAUCUUACGAUAAACUUGUCGUAAACGAGACACAGAAAGACAAGCGGAAACGUUCAGAAUCAUGCUCACCAAAUGCUCCAUCUACCAGUAUUUCCCAUAAUCCUCAAAAAAUAAAUAAAGUCAUGGAUUAUUUUAACAAGAAACCAAAAUCAAUAUCAGAAAACAAGCAAUAGCAAUUAGUAAAAGAUCCCUACCAAAGUGCAAGAUUUCAAAAUAAAACAAACAUAAAAAUAAAUAAAAAAUACAA